UCAUAUUGCAUCAUUAAAAUAUCGCGUUGCAUUACGCUGUCAAACAACAUUAAAUUAUUAAAAUUCCAUGUGUGAAUUGUAUUAAAAACGAACAUGGGUGUGUCAUGUCGGAUAUAUAUACGGAAACCUCGGGAAGGUAUCCACCGGGCCGGUCAACCUAUCAACGGGAUACUUAGCUACGCAAUCGACGAACCAACCGAAUACCAGACGGCUGUUCUAUCCCUUAUCGGCACGGCGAAAUGCAAAUGGACAGAACACGAUGGUAACCAUUCACACACCUACACCGGCAAUGAAGUGUUUUUGUCAAUGCACGUGAAUAUUCUUAAUAAACCGUCGGAUGAAACAAUGACGUUGCCAGUUGGCGCGUAUGAAUUUCGAUUCGAGUUUAUCAUGCCAUAUGAUAUACCAUCCAGCUUUGAAGAUAAACACAGCAAUAUCACCUACCAGGUAAAGGCGAAAUUUGAGAAGCCAAGUUUUUUUAGUCUUGCAAGGAGGUUUGAGAAACAAAUCACUGUAUAUGGAAAUGUUAACCCCACCAAUACUGUAGAAUCACUUACUUAUGGGCUCCAAAAGAAACUGUUUAGAUUAUUUUCUUCUACCGAACAUAUUGUGGAAUUGAAAGUGCGGAUUUCAAAGUCGUUUCUAACACCUGGUGAGAACGCUACUUUAGAUUUGUCUGUGACUAAUGACAGUGAUACAGAAAUAACUUACCUCACAACUGAACUUUGCAGCAGGACAACAUACAUAGCAGAAGGGAUGUUCAGUAAUAAAACAAAAGUUGUUGAUAAUACAAUUGGUGGAUGUACAUGCACCACCCCACCGGUCUUAGCAUACAAAACUGUAAACUUUGCAUGUGUAGUUCCAACACCACCACACUUAUAUUCAAUACAGCAUUGUAAAAUAAUCAGCAAAGAGUUCUAUAUCCGAGUAACUAUUCAUUUACCGUUUCCACAUAGAAACGCAACAUCUGUUAUACCAGUAGUUAUUGGAGAGGGUCAUUAUGGAGAUUGUUCUGGGAUCGUAGAACUAGAAGACAAUUUUGAAACUGGCCUAGAAGCAAGCAUUAGUGAUCCACCACCAUCCUAUUGGGAAGUGAUGAAUGAAGAUAAGAGUCAAGAUGAAAUUGGAUCGCCAAGUAAAGAAAAAUAAUAAAAUAAAAAAUAGGACAGAAGAAGCACUAUGUGAUAAUUAGUAAUUUUAAGUUGAAGUAUAAACAUGUUGUUUUAGGUACAGUAACGUAGCGACACUCAUAUUGGUCAUUAUAUAUGUGUCAUUGCAUCAAAAUGAUUCAUAAUAUUGAAGAUAAAAGAAGGCUAUUAACAAUGAUGCAAAAUAAUUAAAGUAAAGGGACUUACCAGAUAUACAUAUAAUACAUACUAUUUGUGUCAGGUUUCAGCUCUACACUACACCUUAUAAAACAAAGUCCCCCGCUGUGUCAGUCUGUUUGUGUGUUCGCAAUAAACUCAAAAACUACUGGACAGAUUUUCAUGCGGUUUUCACCCAUCAAUAGAGUAAUUCUUGAGGAAGGUUUAGGUGUAUAAUUUGUUAACCCGUGCGAAGCGGGGGUGGUUCGCUAGUACAUUAUAUUAUUCUUUUCAGGCAUAUUCAGCACAAUUA